UAUGUAGGCUAAACUGAGUGAUAUUCAGGCUAACUUGUGUGACACUCGGGCUGACUGGAGUGAUAUUCAAUCUAACCAGAGUGAUGUUCAGGCUAACAAGAGUGCAGACUUUUACUGCAAUCAGCCUGAAUAACCCUGUGUAUCAAUACAGUCAGCACUCAAAUUAUAAGAUUAUAGAUAUAGCAUGAUAUAUACUUUAAAAAGUCUGUAGUCUGCAAUCUGCAUUUUAUCUUCAGUCUGCAUUUAACCCCGGGUCCACAGUCUUCAUUUCACACUGACUGGCUAGUAAAACACAGCAUGAGUUAGCACAGGUAGACAUGGGUGUGGGUGUGGUAGGUGCAGUUUCCCAACUCGGCUAAAAUUUAGAAUAUUGAAGUCCAUACUAGCUCAGGCAAAAGUGGAGCACACUACCAGAGCAGUGGACCAUCUAGGUGUACUGCUGCUCUUUCUCACCUGGUUAGCAUACUUAUCAAUAGCUGCUUGCCACCUCACCUCACCCUCCCCUCCCCUUCCCAGCAUGUUGUUAGCUUGCCCUAGUCUGUAAGAAGUACCAAACAACGUAUGUUUUUUCGCAUUAGUGCACCAGACUUGAAUAAUAUCCUGCAACCGCUCUUUCCCUACUUUUAUGUUUUAUAUUUUUGUUUGGUUUUUGUUCUAUAAAAUGACGAUUACCUUGCAGGUGACUAUCCGAUGUCUGGCAAGUCUUUCAACGAUUUCAGGUCGUAUUUCCCCAACACGGCGAAGUUUUCGAGACGACAUUUUUACGUAUAUGCCCUUGUGUAGCUCAGUCGUAGAUUAUCGGAAGUCCAUUCUGUUAGCUCCUGAUUUUGCCCUUUGAACUAAUAUAAUUUAGCUGGAAUUCGUAAACACGCGAAGGGCGCGCGCGCGCGCCAUCUUGUUGCAAAGCUUGGUAACCAAGCCCUUACGAGAGGUUACCUAUUGGAACAACAACAAACAAUGAAAAGCAAAAAGUUGUUUCGUCAACUUAAUUUUUUCUUUCGAUGGUUUCCUUUUCAGUGAUAAGGUUAAGGAAAAGCUUGGCGUGAAUGUUCCAGUGCUGUGAAAGUCUCCAAGAGCAGUGUCGCCGUGUCCUCAUCCGGUCUGUGGGAAGCAGAAAGCGCCUUCCCAAACUCCCUCUUCCCCGAAACGUCAUCGGAUGGCUAAAGGAGUACGAGGAACCAGUAGCAUUCGAUCCCAGCUGUAGCUCUGAUGAAGUGGUGUUCUCCAACAACAACGAAACUAUCACUUUCAAUGGUAAUGGCUACAGCACAACCCUGAUUCUUACACCUGAUGGCCGUGGUUACACCCACGGGAAGCAUGAGUGGGUGUUCUACUUUAACCACUGUAGAGGUCAAGUUGCAGUUUGUGUUGUAACUGCUGAAUUCAAGAAGGCUAAAGCAUUCAGAACGAUGCCAGCAAUUGGCAGGAGAGUGGGAUGGGCAUAUAAUCAAAUAGGAUUCCUAACAUUUGAUGUUCCCAUCUGGGAGGCCCUAGGUGGCAAGUGCAAUGAAAGUUAUCACACCUGGGAUAUGAUAGGAAUUCUGCUUGAUUUGGAUAAAGGGACUUUAGGUUUCAUGAAAAAUGGAAAAGAACAGGGAACAGCAUUUUGUAAAGGGUUGCUUGGCCAAGAGGUUUUCCCAGGAGUUUGUUUGUGUUCCGGAAGGGAGCAAGCAACCUUUGUAACCAGUAGAACCUACGUGUAGAAGAGAGUUUACAAAUAUCAUUUGGUUGACUGUGAAUAAGCUCCAAGGUUCUUCUGUAUUUGAAAAACUUGUCAAACCUAUUUGAAAGAUUUGGCUGACUGUUGUACAAUGUACAAAGUAACAGGACUGCUUCAACAUAACAAAUCCUAAAACUAACUAUAACAUGUAUGAGGUACACAGUGACAGAUCUAGACGUGGGGCCCUGGGGGCCCUGGCCCUUGCUUAUCUUAGGUAACAAAAAAAAAUCGCAGAAGGAAGAAAAGCCAGCAGGGCAAGCAACACCCCGCCUCCCCAAAGGUCUGGAUCCACCACUGGUACAUGUGUAUGAGAUAUUUCCCCUUGAAAAAGUUAAAAUGAGAAUAUGAGUGAACUCUGCAAAUAAAAAAAUCUAAACUGCU